UGCGUUUGUAGACAUCCAUUCAUUGACAACAAAAUUAUCGUAAUUAACCCACACAAAAGGGGGCGGUAUUGCAAUCUCUGCUACUCUUGUGACGUUCAUACGUUUUCUUUUCACAGUCUAUGGUUCACACACACACACAACAUACUCGUAAUCCACGUGAGUUAAACAAUAGGAACUGAUACACGUUCAUUCUACAAAAUGUCCAAACUACAUCUGCUGAAUGUGUUUCUUACCGAGCGAUUAACAGCGGCGGCUGUUGAGAUAUUUGUGGUCGUGGAAAAAACGGUAUCAGAGUACCAGGAAGAAAUCUCCCGUUCAAAGGAGGAGAUCGAUCGUCUACGGAUGCUGCUGGAUGUCGUUACUCAACCAAAGAUACAUUUGCAUAAAGCAGAUCCCCAGCAUCUAAUACUCCCUGUCCCUGAAGAGGGGGAGCAGCAGCACUGUGAGCAGGAGUGGUGGUGCACCAGUCUGGGGCAGGAGGACCCAGAGCCCAAACAGAUUAAAGAGGAACAGGAGGAGUUUGGGACAGGUCAGGAGGAAGAGCAGCUUCAGGGUCUGGCGUCUGAUAUCAAAGAGUUCAUAAACAAUCCUUCCUUUGUGAAAAGUGACUGUGAUCAGGACCCACCUCAGCCCUCACAUCUUUACCAAACCCCAACGGUGGAGAACAGAGAGAGGGAUCGUAUGAGGACACACACUGGAGAGAAACCAUAUCAGUGUAGUGAAUGUGGCAAAUGCUUCAGCCAGAAGAUAUACCUGGAAGAACAUAUGGUGACUCACAGAAGAGAGAAACCACAUCAAUGUGAAGACUGUGGUAAAUUGUUUAGCCUCAAGCAUAACUUAACAGUCCAUAUGAGGAUACACACGGGAGAGAAACCAUAUCAAUGCAAAGAAUGUGGCAAAUGCUUUGGUUACACCAAAUCCCUGGCAAAGCAUAUGAGGAGUCAUACAGGAGAGAGACCGUAUCAGUGUUGUUAUUGUGGCAAAUGCUUCACUCAGAAGUUUAGCCUGAAAGAACAUAUUAGUAUUCACACAGGUGAGAAACCAUAUAAGUGUCCCAUGUGUGUAAAAUGCUUCAGGGCAGCACGGUUUCUUAAACAGCACCAACAGAUUCACAGAGAACAACCAUAUUGCUGACUUUUUUGGGGUUAAUGCUUCACUUGUAAGAAAUGAGGAUGAACACAGAGUGAGAAACAUGACAUUGCUGCUUAGGGCAAAAUCUUUCUCUCACUUGUGCAGUAAGACCUUUCGAUUCUGAGCAUGGCACAAAAGUAGAUAGUAUGUUCUGUAGAACUAGUAUUUUUAGUUGACACAGUAAGCUUUUUAAGUUUGUCCCAACAUAUGAGUUCCCCAUUUGGAUUACACCUUAAAGUCACAGCAAACUAGUACAUUGGUGUUCUCUAAAUACAUAAAGGAUGUCUACAUUUUAAUGGGAAAGUGCUUCACAUUUGUAGACAUGCUACCUUAUACCUGUAGUGGCAGGACAAACAAACCCAUCAGGUCAAUGAUCUUGGUUUAAUAUACAGUGCCUUUGGAAAGUAUUCAGACCGCUUGACUUUUUGCACAUUUUGUUACAUCACAGCCUUAUUCUAAAAUUGAUUAAGUAAAUAAAAAUCUGUAUCAAUCUACACACAA